CAGCAGCCACCCCCGAUACUUCUAGUGUGUAUUUUAUAUUUACAUAAAAAAUGGAACGUUUUACACGUGUUGUGGGCAAGCUGCCCGAAGAAUCGCUGUCGUUCACCAACUGUGCCUACGUAAACGCUGAGCUUUACAAUAAGCUGAAAACGCACUCAUUUAUGGCAUACGGUACAGUAAACACAAUCAUCUUCUGCUUCAGGCAUCAUCCAGCAUGCGGAGCCAAUGAUAUACUGCUCAACAGCUGCGCACGUCAGCUAAUAGCGGUAUCAAUAGGAGAAUCAGUAGAAAUCAAACCUGUGCCUGACGGUGGUAGAAAGAGCCUCUUCGGAAGUCAAACUGAAGCGCCAUUCUCACCAGCAGGGCGUAUUGUAUUCGAAGUCUCGUUCUUUCGAGCUUCACAAAAAGCGCAACAACAUGCUAUUAAUUUUGACCACCUAGAGGUAGGAGUACGAGAAGCACUGUUGAACCACGUACUACACCUCACACAAUGCGUGCCUAUGAUGCAGGGAGGUUUAACCCUGCGAUUGAGGGUAACGAACAUAUCACCCGUAAGCGUAGGUCAACUGUCGGAGUCACCAGACAUGCUUAUGCGUGGAUGUUUACAGGAAAACACAAAACUAGAUUUCAACUACGUCUCACCAGAUGGAAAGCAGCAUGCUAUACCUUCAAGAGAUGCAGGAAUACUCAAGCCAAACUUCAACUUCGAGGAAAUGGGUAUAGGAGGCCUGGAUAAUGAAUUCGCAGAUAUAUUCAGAAGGGCGUUCGCAUCCCGUAUCUACCCACCAGAGUUGCUUAAGCAACUGGGAAUAUCGCACGUAAAAGGAAUGCUGCUAUACGGACCGCCGGGUACCGGUAAAACACUUAUAGCAAGGCAAUUGUCAAAGGCAUUGAAUUGCCAUAAACCUAAAAUAGUUAACGGACCUGAAGUAAUGAGCAGAUUCUUCGGACAGUCAGAAGAAAACAUACGUAAUCUCUUUAAAGAUGCCGAAGAAGAAUAUCAAAGAGCAGGAGAUAGAUCGAGUCUACAUAUCAUCAUAUUUGAUGAAAUAGACUCUAUAUGCCAAAGACGUGGUACUGAUACCUCAGGCACUGGAGCACGGGACAGUAUAGUAAACCAACUACUCUCAAAAAUAGAUGGAAUAGAUGCAUUAAAUAACAUACUACUCAUCGGAAUGACUAACCGUAUUGAUAUGAUAGAUGAAGCUUUACUGAGGCCGGGACGCUUUGAAGUGCAUAUAGAAGUGGGUCUACCAGAUAAAAAUGGAAGGUCACAAAUAUUGAAGAUACAUACACGAGUAAUGCGGGAGUCUAAACGACUAGCAGAUGAUGUAAACCUAGAUGAAAUAUGCGCAUUGACCAAGAAUUACUCAGGAGCUGAGCUAGAAGGCAUGGUAAAGUGCGCUGUAUCCUAUGCAAUACAAAGACAUGUGGAUGGUAGCGAUAUAACAAAACCUAAAGAUAUGGACAAGAUUAUAGUCACACACGCAGAUUUUCUAAUGGCACUCAACGAAGUGAAACCAGCAUACGGUGUGGAUUCAUCUAAUCUUACAGGAUUUACCAGACACGGGAUUGUACCAUUUGGACAUAAGUUCCACCAAGUGCUGGAAACAUGCACAAUAUUGGCAGCACAAGUACAAAAGUCAGAAAAGACGCCUGUACUAUCAGUACUGUUGCACGGACCAGUAGGAUGCGGCAAGUCAGCAUUAGCAGCGCACGUGGCGUCCAUCACUAACUUCCCAUUCGUCAAAGUGGUGUCACCUGAAAACUAUAUUGGACUAUCGGAACUGUCCAGGGUCAACGCCAUCCACAAAGCCUUUGAUGAUGCGCAUAAAACGCCGCAGUCAUUAAUUAUACUAGAUGAUAUCGAAAGGCUGAUCGACUACUCACCAAUAGGACCACGAUUCAGCAAUACCAUACUACAGUGCCUGCUCAUAUUGGUAAAAAAGUCACCCAAACACGGUAGACGCAUAUUCGUCAUCGGUACAACCUCGGAAGAUUCCUUUAUGGAAAUGGCAAAUAUUACACAAAGCUUCACUGUAUCCACUGAAGUGCCAAUGGUGACCGGAGCUACUGAAAUAUAUCAAGCACUAUCUGGAGCAGUGCAACCGGAUUUGCCAUUCCCAGAUGAUGAGAUUAGACAGGUCGCAAACUGCGGUAGAAUCACAGAAAUCGGUAUCAAAAGCUUAAUGCUAGCAUUGGAAAUCGCUGUGCAACGAACUAUUGAGGAAGGCGGGAAAUUUAUCACAGCGUCGACGUUUUUCGAUAGCCUAUUAGCCUCCGGCUAUAACCUGAAACAUUGAUUACCAUUAUUAAUGUAGACUGAUCC